UUUUUUUUUUUUUUUUUUUUUUUAUUUUAAGAAAUAAAAAAUCAGUCUUUAAAUUCAGUUGAAUAUCACUUGUCAAAUACACAAACCCCUUUUCAGCCAAACCCUACUACCCUCCCUUUGAAAGUUCCUUGUCCUUCAUUCCUUUCUUUUUCUUAUUAAUUUAUUUAUUUUUACUUAUUUUCUUUCAUAAUCAUUCAUCAUCUUUAUUCAAAAACUAGCUAGUUUACAAAUUAAAACAACAAAAAUAUAUAAAAUUUAGAGAGAGAAAAUGGGGAGAGGAAAAAUAGAAAUAAAGAGGAUAGAAAACGCAACAAAUAGGCAAGUAACUUUCUCAAAGAGAAGAAAUGGAAUCAUAAAAAAAGCUAAGGAAAUUACUGUUCUUUGUGAUGCUAAGGUUUCUGUUGUAAUCUUCGCUAACAAUAAUGGCAAAAUGUAUGAUUACCAUAGCCCUUCUACCACGGUGGAACAUAUACUGGAUAAAUACCAGGAAAUUUCCGGGGUGAAGCUCUGGGAUGCUAAGCAUGAGAAUCUCAAGAAUGAGAUAGAUAGAGUCAAGAAAGAAAAUGAUGACAUGCGGAUCGAACUCAGGCACUUGAAUGGAGAGGACAUUGCAUCUUUACAAUACCCAGAUUUGAUUCGCCUCGAAGAAGCUCUUGAUAUUGGUAUUGCUAGAAUUAAUGACAGGAAGAUGGAAGUUUACACGAUGCACAAAAAUAAUACAUCGAUGCUUGAGGAGGAACAGAAACAGCUCACUUACAUGUUGAACAAGCAAGAAAAUGAAAUGAUAGAUGGUGGCGUUCGCCAUGCUCCACAAGAGAGGGAUUACCAUUACCAGAUUCCUUAUGGUUAUCGAUUGCAACCAAUGCAACCAAACCUACAGGAAAGGAUGUAGAUGAUCUGAUGUUCGGAAAAAUAAUGCUGAUGUCUAGCUUGCAUAAUUGCUAGCUAGCUACUAUGUAUACUUCUCCGGCUAUAUCAUACCCGGAAGAGGAUCCUAGCUAGCUAGCUACGUGCGUGUGUGUGUUGUAAUAAUUGAAGGCUAUCAUCAUUGCCUUGAUACUAUGUUUGUGUGGCCUUGGUGUAUCGUGUAUGUGUGUGCUUGUUAUAUAUCAAUAGCUUGUUUGUUCCAAUUAUCUAAGAAACUAAUAAGCUAAUUAAGCAAAUGGAUUGUGGUUUUGUUAUGACUCAUGACUUAGUCAUGGCUCAUAGAUUGUUAAUAUAUUCAUUAAUAUACUACUGGAAA